AUGGCGCGGCCGCCCAGGCCCGCCCGCCGAUACAGGCGUGGAUCCUGCUGCGCGGCGGCCCCCGCCGAGGCUCCCCCAUCCUCUUCCUUUUCCGCCGCCGCUCGCCGCCCUCUCACCGAAUUGCUCUCCAGGCCGCCGCCAUCGCGGACGACAACGCCGCCUCCCUCUUCCCGCCGCCCGUCAGCAUCGCCUCAGAGCCGACGGAGAUGGGUGCGCAUGCGCGCGGUCUACACACACAAAAAAGCCCGCUUCCGCGGCUGCGCACGCAACCAAGCUAGUCCCUCCCACCCCUUUCGAAGCGACUUGCUUUUUUGUUACGCCGGCUCUCACAGAUUGCGCGCGCAGAAGGAUUGUGCUAGACUGUAUGACACAGAGAGAAUUCCCUGGGACUCACCAAGCUGUGCAGAGGCCAUCAGCCCCCGCCGCUGCAAAGAGGAGAAGGAAGAUACAGUUACAGAGAGGAAGCCUUCUGGCCCCCUGCUGCGCAUCUGCUUUCGACAUCUCCUUUGUACCCCCAGGAUCACUCUCAUACCAAGAUACCUGCUCUUGGCUCAUCAGCUUCGGAAGAGAAAACUCUUCUCCCUUGACGCAGAGCAUUGCUUCCAUCGCCCUGGUCCUGGGUGCUACAGCUUGCCUCCAACGGUCGGAUUCAUCAACCAUGACUACACCCGCUUCACCAGUCCUGCCUGCUCCCUCCAUCAGAGACUUCACAACAGCAUACAUUUGAAAGACUCAAGCCCUGGACCCUGUUACUAUGUAGAACCUGAGAUCACCCGCUUUGGCAGAGCCAAAGGCCCCUCGUUUUCAAUGCUGGGGCGGCCCAAACCUCCAGGUCUGCCAUGGACUCCUGGGCCAGGUGCGUACAGCCCCGAAAGGGUCCCACCACCAUCCCAACAAAGACCACCAUUUUUCUCCAUGGGUGCCCGCACGAAGUAUCGCCUUGUGGAUCACGUCCCUGCCCCCAACAGCUACACCCUUCCCAUGCUCCUGGGCCCACGAAUCCCUAGCAAGCCCUCCAGCCCCUGCUUCACUAUCUCUGGCCGGAUCAACAGAGGCAGCUAUUCUGAAGACCUGGCCAAAACACCGGGCCCAGGAGGCUACAGCACCAUUAACCCCAAUGUUUAUUUGUGCUGUUCACCAGCCUUCUCCAUGCUGGGGAGACUCCGGAAGCCCAUGAGCACCUUCCCCACCCCAGGGCCUGGGACACACAGCCCUGAAAAGGUAACAGCGCACUGGAAAAGAUCCCCUUCUUACUCUCUUGGAGUUCGUCACUCAGAAUACCUCAUGCCGCUCAUCAUAGAUGCUGCAGAAUGGUAAUGGAGGAGAACGUCUGGACCUAACUUCUAGUUACAACUUGUGAAUCAUCGUGCUAUGUAACUC